UGAGCAGUCCAAUUAUAGUUUGUCAUGGACAGAAAAAACGCAUUCCAAGUUCUAAACAAUGCUGUAUGGUUCUAGCAAUUGAGGGGUACACAGGCAAGGCCUAAUUAUAGACUUGGAUGGUAGUGAAAAAUGCAGCUAAUUUAGACAACCAUCUUUCCAAUCCCUCUCCUGCAGCCGCUCUCGCAUUGUUGAGAGCUAGCUCGUCGGUCUGCUUGCGGCCAUAUUCCUAAACCAUAAUUCUAAGGCGAAAACAAGACCAAUGUGGAGAGUUGCAGCUCUUGCUAUCGUUUUCCUUUUCUCCCUUCCUAACCAUGCUGACUCUGUCAGGUUGUCCAGGCCGGGGAAAUUAAAUCGACAAAAACCAUUGCUGGCUGCUAAAUUAUCAACGCCUGCUGAAUUCCUUGCUGCUCACAACAAGAUUAGAGAAAUCCACAAUUUAACGCUCUUGGCGUGGGGCCAGAAGUUAGCUGGAUAUGCUCGCUGGUGGGCCGACACGCGCCUCGAUAACUGCAAGAAAUUGCUACACUCUCCCAAUAGCCCUUAUGGAGAAAACUUGUUCUGGGCUCUACGGGAUCACUGGAAUGCAUCAAAGGUAGUCAAGUAUUGGGGUGAUGAAAGGAAUCUUUACGAUCCAAAUACAAAUGAAUGCAUCAACAACAGUGUCUGCGGGCAUUAUACACAGAUUGUAUGGAAUGCGACUCAGCGUGUGGGCUGCGCCCAUGUUCUAUGUCACAAUAUUCAAGGUCACCUGUUUGUUUGCUCCUAUGAUCCUCCGGGGAAUAUUUACUAUCAUGGUCCAUUUGGUGGCCGUUUUAACAAAUCUAUCGUGAAUCCUCCGCCGUCUAAUAAUGCAAGCUCAACAAUUCUAGGAAGUCAAUCUGGGAUCACCGGGAAUAAAGCUAAUUAUAUUGUCUCAAGCACCACUGGGUAUCCACCUAAUAAGACCUAAAAACGUAAAUCGAGAACAUGCAAUUGAGGUUAUGUAGAUUUAGAUGCGUAUCCAGCCCACCUUCCCCACGACUUAAAAACACCUUCCCCCGUGCGGGUACAUCUUAUAGGUUAUGUUUCUUUUUUAGGCUGAGGACUGAGGUCCACUCACUAGGAAGACUUUUUCUUCAUGGUCAC